UAUACACAGCAAGCCCAACACCUGAAGGCACACGCUCACUUCCACCGGCUGGCUCUCUGGUUGAGUUCGAAGGAGCACAGCAGUAAGAAGCCGCAGGAUCAGCAGGAUGGAGAUGGCUCUUGUGGUGAGUUUCUGCUUUUUCUUCUUGAAAUUAAUCUGAUGAAUUGUAUCAGAUAUUUUGCGGUACGUCCCUUUCCAGAUUUCUGCCUCUCUGGUUGGACUGACUCUUGUUCUGCUCUCGUUUCCCGAGCAUGGCUCUCUGAACAGAGUGCUGGAUGGCACUUCAGGAACUGUGUAUUUGGGGUCAGCGUUAGUCAACGAGGCUCUGCAUCGAGCGACUGAGCUGACGGAUGCUGCCUAUGCCCACACAAAGGAAAGGGUGAAAAAGUCUUGGUCUGAAAGCUCUCUCAGAUCCAUUGACCUGCUGGCUCAGUUUAAGCAGAUUGAAACUAGUACCAGAACUCAGAUCCAGGCUGCUGAGCUCCUGGACAACACGGUGGAGCUGAUCAGGGAGAUGGUGUACACCAACACCAUGAAACAGCCUAAUCCAUACGAGCUGCUCGGUGAACAAGACAUGGAGAAUCUGCUGCAGGUGAGCGGCUGCGCCACUGACGUGCACACACCCACCUGUCAGACUGACUGUCUGUCUGAGCGCUACAGGUCCAUCACAGGGGAGUGCAACAACAGGCAGCAUCCAAAAUGGGGAGCUGCCAACAUCCCAUAUUCCCGCUGGUUGCCUCCGGAGUAUGAGGAUGUGUGGGGGAUGCCUCGUGGAUGGGACCCCAAACACAAAUACAACAACUUCAGCCUGCCCCCGGUGCGGCUCGUGUCACAGGAAGUGCUGUUCACCCACAACAGCAACAUAUCGGAGGAUUCCAUGCUGUCCCACAUGCUGGUGGACUGGGGUCAGUGGAUCGACCAUGACCUGGUGCUGACCCCGCAGAGUCCCAGCACAGUCACCUUUAAGACUGGAGCGGACUGCACGCACACUUGCAGCAGAAACACGCCCUGCUUUCCCAUCCAGAUUCCUCUGUCUGAUCCUCGUAAUGGUGUCCAGAGCUGCAUGCCCUUUUUCCGCUCUGCUCCGAGCUGCAGCCCUGGAGAUCUGCCUCAUCGCCACCGGGAGCAGCUCAACGCCAUCACCUCAUAUAUAGAUGCCAACAUGGUGUACGGCAGCUCUGCCGAACAGGCCUUAGCUCUGAGGAACCAGUCCUCUCCUCUCGGAGCAAUGGCCGUCAACCUGCAGCACUCAGACCAGGAUCUGCCUUUAAUGCCAUUCCUGCCUCGCCUGCAGGCGCAUCUGGAUCCCUGUGGCCCUCGUAACAGCACCAAAACAAGGGCCUUAGACAGAUCCCAGUUGCAAGAGAACAUAACGUCAUGCUUUCAAGCUGGUGACUCCAGAGUGAAUGAACAUUUAGGCCUCAUUGCUCUGCAUACGGUCUUUCUGAGAGAGCACAAUAGACUGGUUAGAGAGCUACACCGUCUUAACCCUCACUGGAGCCCAGACACACUCUAUCAGGAGGCUCGCAAGAUCAUUGGGGCCAUGCAGCAGAUCCUCACAUGGGAGCAUUACCUGCCACGGGUCCUUGGUGAGAGUGUCAUGUCUCGCCUGAUGCCUCCCUACCACGGAUACCAUCCUGGCGUGGAUCCCAGCAUUGCCAACACUUUCGCAACUGCUGCAUUUCGCUUUGCCCACGUCACCGUGCAGCCGGUGGUGACUAGGCUGGGGCCAGGAUACACCUACAAUUCUGAAUACCCCCCACUGCCCCUGCAUCAGUCGCUGUUUGCUUCUUGGAGGGUCACACAGGAAGGUGGCAUCGACCCUGUGCUGCGGGGUCUCCUACUGUCACCAGCCAAGCUCCAAACUCCAGGUCAGAUGAUGGUGGAGGAGCUGACUGAGCGGCUGUUCCAGGCUCAGGGAGGGAUGCCUCUGGACCUUGGCGCCCUGAACCUUCAGAGGGGCCGGGAUCACGGCAUACCUGGAUACAGCUCAUGGAGAAGGUUUUGUGAACUCUCUGCUCCCAACACUACAUCAGAACUUGCAGAAAUCUUGGGUAACUUCACCUUGGCCCAUAAAUUCCAGCUCUUAUAUGGGACCCCACACAACAUCGACGUGUGGGUGGGCGCCAUAUCUGAGCCUGCCUUGCCCGGAGGUCGAGUCGGACCACUCCUUUCCUGCCUCCUGGCUAGACAGUUCAGAGCCCUCAGGGACGGGGACAGGUUUUGGUGGGAAAGGAAAGGAGUCUUCAGCAGAAGUCAAAAAGAACAACUAAGGACAGUCUCUCUGUCCCGGAUCAUUUGUGACAACAGCCACAUCACCCGGGUCCCUGUGGACCCAUUCUCCCGCACUGAGAGACCAGAGGAUAUGCUGGCCUGUUCCCACCCACUCAUUCCCCACCUGGACCUCAGCCCCUGGAAGGAACCAGACACAGAUCCCCGCUGCGGUCCAAUACCCAGAAUUCAGUCGGGCUACUCCAUUCUCUGCAACUCUGUGAUUUUCUAUCAGUGUCACUCUGGGUUUAAGCUGGUGGGAUCUUCAUCAAUCAGCUGUGAUCCAAAAAGCCAGCAGUGGAGUUCCAGCCCACCAGCAUGUCAUGAUAUCAAUGAAUGUGAGGAACCGAUUUCUCCAUGUCCACAAAACCUGGAGUGCUUCAACACAGCUAGUUCCUUUAUCUGCUCGGAGUCCUCUGGACCGUCUGCUGCCUCCAUCGCCUUUGCAGUGAUUCUGGUGAUUGGGGGCGUGGCCAUGGUGGCAAUGAUUCUGAUCUGUUACCGAAGAUAUUUUCCAAAAACAGAGGAGCUGUACAACACUGAAUGUUGCCCGGCUAACAGUUAACCAGCCCAAACUGUGUCUAUCUGGAAAAGUUGUACAUUUGUCUGAAAGAGCAGCAUUUAUGACCCGAUUCAUUUAUAACAAUUGUCAUUAAAGAAAACAAAACACCACUUCUGCUAGUGUAGUUGCUUAUCCUGUGCCAUGUUUAGUGAGGUCGCAUCCUGCCUGACGGUCUUCAUUUAUAAAAUAAACACUGCAGGUCAAACGUUGAAUCACCUACAGUCUGCCGGAACCUGAGAGUGGAAGCCGAUUCCAUCCGGAACCUAAAAGUCUUAGUGUUUGUUUCAAAAUAGAGAUUUUGAGACUUUAAAUCUCCUCUGAGGGAUUUUGGUGUUACCUUGUUGUUUCAUGAGCCUCCUACCUGCUUACAAACCUGUUGGGCAACUGUGUGUGUGUGAGUCAGGGCAACCAGGCAAUGACCUUUCUAAUACCACGUCAGGGAAUCUAACACUUCCGAUUGUGAUCUAAAAAUAACACCAACUACAUAAGUCAGUCAGGCUUUGAUGCCUUGCUUUUAAUGGAACACAGUUACUAAUAUCCUUACAAGUUAUUUUUAUUGCUCUAAUACAAACUUUUUCAUUUUUUACCAUCAAAACACUUUAAAAAA